CCGGCGCGGGGUGGGUGUGCUGGGCCCGGACCAGUACGAGGCGACACGCGUCCGGCCCGUGCCGCCGCUGCCCGGCCAUGGAGGUGGUGCCGCUGUGUCUCGCCGUCCUCGGUGUCCUGCUGACGGCCGGGGCUACGCUGGACGACUUCUACUUCUCGCGCCACCCGCAGAACCUGGCCGUGCGCGAGGGCGCCAGCGUCGACCUCGAGUGCAUGGUCUCCAACACCAGCUUCAUCCGCUUCUACUGGCAGCUGGACGGCGAGACGGUCCUCAACUCGAGCCGCCGCUUCCAACGCGGCAGUGACCUGCACAUCACGCGAGUCGACCGACACCGCGAUGCCGGCCACUUCACCUGCAUCGCCAUGAACGUGACGACCGGCUUCAGCCUCACCAGCUUGGCCGCAUCGCUUAACAUUCAGUGGCUGGACCGGACGGCUCGGGUGCAGCUGCAGUCGCCGGCGUCGCCGGCCGCCGUGCGGCCCGGCCAGGACGUGGUGCUGCGCUGCCGCGCUGCCGGCUCCGGCCACCUUGUCUACCGCUGGUACCGCAACGGCCAGCGGCUGGAGAGCGCGCCGCGGCUGACGCUGCGCAACAAACGCCUCCAGCUGAGCGGCGCGCAGCCGGCCGACGGCGGCGUCUACUCGUGCAGCGUCACCAACGACGCGGGCGCCACAACCAGUGACGUCACACUGCCGCUGGUGGUGCCCAGUGAGACGGCUGCCCGGAUUACGGUGGUGCCCCGUGACCAGCUGGUGCGCAGGCGGGGCACCGCUCACUUCCACUGUCAGUACCAGCACGCCAACGCUGUCCACUGGUCCUUCAAUGGUCAGGACCCGCUCACCAGCGACGGGAGACGCAUCCUGCUGGCCAACCACACCCUGGUGGUGUCGAACGUGUCGGAGGCGGACGUCGGCUGGUACCUCUGCCGAGCCAGCAGGGCCGGCGUCGCCGCCGUGCCGCAGACCUACAGCGCCCGGUUACAGCUGGCCUACCUGAGUCCGCUGACGGAGCGGGCGGUGGAGCCGGCGCCUCCGGUGCCCGGGCUGCACGUGGUGCCGCAGGGCAGGCCGUUCCAGCUGGCCUGCCUGCCGCCAGAGGGCCGGCCGCCGCCAGCCGUCUGGUGGGAGCAGCCGGACGGGCGCGUCCUGAACGACCCCGGCCAGAUGUCGCCCGGGGGCUCUGCACUGCUGGCGCUGGGUCCGGCGCGGCCCGACCAGUCUGGCAACUACAGCUGCGUGGCUGAGAACCUGGCCGGCACCAGCACCGUGCAGGUCCGCCUGCUGGUCACCGGGCCCCCAGAGCUAGUGUCCGGCCCGACUGACCUGGUGGUGGAGGAGGGCGACAGCUCAGAGCUGCGCUGCGAGUACCGCGGCCUCCACCGCCUGCUGUCGUCCGUCUCCUGGCUGAAGGACGGCCGACCGCUGCCGUCCGCUGCCCCGCAGGAGGACAGCGUGGGUGAGCGGCUGAUCAUUCCCCUCACCGAGCUCUCCGACGCCGGCCGCUACCAGUGCGUGGUGAACAGCACGGGCUUCCCGCCCCAAACCUCGCCGCAGGCCUUGCUCACCGUCAAAGAGAAGCUCAAGUUCUCGCCGCAGCCGUUGAGCCGCGCUCUGGAGCUGGGCCGGCCGGCGCGGCUGCACUGCCGGGCGGCGGGCAGUCCGGCGCCCACUGUCGGCUGGGUGCGGAUGACGCCGGCCGGCCGGCCACAGUUCCGCUGGCCGGCACACGUGCGCGACGCCAACGGCACACUGGAGCUGGACACGGUGACGGAGACGGACGGUGGCCAGUACACGUGCGUGGCCACCAACGCCCAGGGUCUCAUCAACGCCACCAUCAACGUCACCGUGGUCGUGACGCCGAAGUUUCUGGUGGCGCCCUCUGACCCUACCGAGGCGGUGGUGGGCCGGCCCCUUCGGCUCGACUGUCAGGUGUACGGCCGACCGGAGCCCAGCGUGCAGUGGGACCGCAACUCCAAACUGGCCGGUCUCGAUGACCCCAGGUUCUCCUUCUUCAAGAACGGCAGCUUGUACAUCAAGGAGCUGCGAUAUGAGGACGAGGCGCGCUACGGCUGCAUCGCCGGCAACAGCGGUGGCUUCUCGCGUCGUGAGAUCCAGCUGCUAGUGCGCUCCUCAGAGGCCGAGCUGUCGGGCGGGGCGCUGACGCCGGGCCUGGCCUCGGAUGAUGGCGCCAUCAUGACCCGGACGGUGGUCAUCACGGUGUCGGCGGCAGCCGCGUACCUGCUGCUGGUGGCCGGCCUCAUGCUCUGGUGUCGUUAUCGUCGCAUCAAGCGAAAACAGCAGUACCUGCGGACCUCAACAGAGGGCACUAGCGUCCUUCUGGCGAAAACAGAGCAUCCAGACACGGCUGUCAGCUCGGCUUGCGCCGGGGAAGCGUGCGAGAGCACUCCGUCGGGCUACAACAGCCCGUCGGCGCAGUCCGGCUACCACAGCUACCAGAGCAUCGGCACGGCCUCUGACCGGCGGGCCAGCCGCCGCUCCGACAGCAGCGACCAGUGGCACGGCUUGGAGCGCCACGACCUGCACGCGGUCAUGCCCCUAGGCCAGGGCGAGUUUGGCGAGGUGUACCUGGCGCGGGUGCGGCGGCGGCGCGGCCCCGUCGACCCGGAGCCGAUCGUGAUGGUGAAGUCGCUGCAGAGCCCGGAGGGCCGGGCGGCGGCCGAGUUCGCGCGCGAGGCCGAGCUGUUCGGCCGGCUGGCGCCGCACCGGGCCGUGGUGGGGCUGCUGGCACUCUGUACCGGCCGCCAGCCGCACCUCAUGGUGCUCGAGUACAGCGACUGGGGCGACCUGAAGCAGUUCCUACUGGCUACGCGGCCAGAGACGAGCCGCGCGCCGCCGCGGCCCCCGCCGAUUAGCGCCGCCCAUGCCGCCAGCCUCUGCCACCAGGUGGCUGCCGGCCUGGACCACAUCCACCGAGCCGGCUUUAUACACAGGGACUUGGCGGCGCGCAACUGCCUGAUCACCAGCCAGCUGGAGGUGAGGAUCAGCUGCGGCCGGCUGUCGCGCGAUACCUACAGCCGCGAGUACUGCCGCCUGCGGGGCCGGCUGCUGCCGCUGCGCUGGCUGCCGGCGGAGGCGGCGCUCGAGGACGCCUUCUCAGCCCGCUCCGACGUCUGGGCGUGGGCGGUGCUCUGCUGGGAGGUGUUCCGCCAGGGCGAGCUGCCGCACGCAUCGCUCUCGGACGAGCAGGUGGCGCAGGCGGUGUCGCGGCGCGCGCUGCCGCCGCUGCAGCUGCCGGCGUCGGUGCCGGCGCCGCUGGCGGCGGCCGUGCGCCGCUGCUGGGCGGCCGAGCCGCGCCACCGGCCGGAGCUGGCCGAGCUGCUGCGCACGCGGUCCGGCCCGGCCGACGGCGCCGAGUGAAGCGGAGGCCGCGUGGCCGGACACUGGCGCCAGACCAGUGCUGAUGGCCGGGCUGGCAGGCAUGCAGGGCUCAGGCGCGGAGCGGCGGCCGGAGCCGGUUGUAGAGACUCGCGUGACUGCGGCAGGCGGAGCAAGGGGCCUUCGCUUGUGUGAGCUAGGUCCGUGUCGCAUCUGAGAUCGCGGACUCUGGCAGGACAGCUGCUCUCAGUGGGCCGGGUAUGUGUCCAGACGAGCGGGUUGACUAAACUGUGGGGGGGGGGG